CGACGUAGUUACUGUUAUUUCUGAAGGAACAGUAAUUGUACCGAAUGAAACACGAAACGGUGUCUCCGACCGGCCGAGCAUAAAUAACAGCGAGUAUUUUCCAUCGGUCGGCCGUGAUAAAGCGGAAUGAAAACCGCCGGGGCAAACAGCCCUGCACGUUUGCAGACGGUCGUUAGGCCCUGCCACUCCAGCUGUUAUUAGAUCGUGAAUAAUUGAACAGCCAAGGUGGAACAACAAACUGUUUCGCGCUUUUCUAAAUCCCGAUUGUUUUACAAUUUUUAUCCGUUGAAAGGAAACUCCAAACAGCGAAUGCUCUUAAUCGCGUUAAUUCCAAACCGCGCCUGGAACGACGCACAUCCGUACACAGCAAACAAUUGAACGCGUUUCAAUAAUUGUUCAGUCGAUUAAAAUAAUCGUCCUUGGGAAAUAUUUGUCAACGGCUUUACCCGACGAACGAAAAUCGUCCUUUUUAACGAGCAUCGCUGGUCUCCCAUCGAGCGAAGCUUUACCUCUAUUUAUCUUUCCUCCAUCUAGACAACAUGGAUCUUUGCAUUUUUAACGAGGCUUGUUACUUCUAGUUUAUAUGGCGACGAUCGUAUCGAUAUGGGACGCUGAUUGCUCGAUAUCGCAAGCUUGACCCGUUCAUCGGAAUGCUUCUAAUACCGCUGUGGGAACGGGAACGUCCAUUAAUCAGAUUUCCCAUUGGCUUGUAAACCUCUCGCGCAGGACUACGUUAUUACGUUUCCACGUAUCCGUCCCCUUAUCAAAUAGUAAUUCGAUGACAGAUUUCGCUGGAUCUAAUCUUCAAAGGCCGUUGUUCAAACAAAAUCAAUGGAUAUAGCAUUGAUUUGCAUUCCGUUUAUGAACUCGCAUUUAUACGUAUCCACCGAAACCGCAAAUUAUGAAAACGUCGCAGUUGUAAUGAUCCGACAAUGAGACUCAGUUAUUGCGCGCUAAUAAAUGUGAAAGAGAACGCGCCUUGAAACGACCUACUACUUGUCUAUAAAAUCGACAGCGACGGAGUGUGUAAUCCGAUUAACUCUACCUAAUUUAUUCUAUUCGGUAAUGCGAGGGACCGUGCUCAGAUUAUAACGACGGAAAUCGGAUUUGGCCUUUUAACGGAGGUGAUCGAUCGCGGAAAAGGGCGAAAGAGAGCGAGGACCGCGUGGGUGAUAAUAAAGCGGCGCGUUGGAUGAAAAUUUACGGUGGAAAGUGUCUCGUCAGGACGACGCCCUGGGAAAAAAUGCAAUUUAACUCGGGCCGCGGGAUGAAUGAUAUUCAUCGAGCGGUCAACGCACAGUCUUCCCUCUCUGUCGUCGAUGUCUUCGAAGGAGAUCAAGAGAAACAGAUCAAAGGCUAAUAUGAAGACCGUCCGGGAGGAACUGUUCAAGUGGUUGUGCAAGAAGCACGCGACGUACGAUUUUCUGGACAGGCACGCGUUGCGGGAGAAAGCUCUCGAGUUGACGAGGAUACGCGGUUUCAAUGGUUUUAAAUGCUCGGAGAUGUGGCUGACGCAUUUUCUGAAGCAACACGGUUUCCGUUCCGAUCAUAUAAACCAAGGAAACCCGAAAUUCGCUGACUACCGCGACUGGAUCAAACUAAUGCGGCCAACUAUCACGAAAUACAGGCACAAGGAUCUGUUCCACGUGGACGAGCUAAUAAUGUACUCCGACAUGCCUCCCUCGAACCUGAAAUCGAAGGAGGAGGACGAUUCCGAGGAACCACAAAGAAAUCGUAUAACGGUUUUGAUGGGAUGCGAUGCUUCGGGAACGACGAAGUUGCCGCUCCUUAUGAGCGGCCCGUAUCCGUCCAGGAUAACAGCCAAGGAACACGUUUACUGCCACAGCGAGGAUUCUCGUAUCAGCGACGGACUGUUCAGGAAUUGGUUGACGAGCGUCGACGAUCGCAUGGUCAGAUGUAAACGGAAGAUAUUGUUGUUCCUUAAGAGAAGCCGAGCGCAGGCACUGCAGGAUUUCGUGGCCAGCAACGUGAGGCUGAUUUACUUGCCCGACAAUUUCCCACCGCAUUUACGACCCCUGCGGAGGGACGUAUUUCACUACGUCAAGAUGGUGCUUAGGCGAAGGUACGCGGAAUUAUUAAAGAGUACGGAGGAAUGGGGUCUCCGGGAGAUCCUGACGUCUGUGAUCGAGGCGUGGGAGACGAUACCGCGCGAGCUGUUAAUCUUCAGCUUUCAAAGGACCCAUUUCAGGAUCGACGACUCCUUCCUCCAGAUCGAUUGCGAUUGCUGGAACAAUUUGAAGACGGGCGUCUCGUUUAAAAAAUUCGUCACGUUCGAUGAUCGUCUCUCGGAUGAGUCGAACGAGAACGAUCGACUGUGCAAUGAGUACAGGCUGCGGAAUGUCGUACAGAUUCACGAGGACACGGAUUCCGUGACCGAGGACGGGGGGGAGGUCGAGGGGAGUUCGCAAUUGUCGAUACAAUCGGAUUGGGAUUGUUGGACGAUACCCUCACAGGUCCAGUCUCAGUAUCAAUCGACCGGCAAAUCCGUAACGAGCAAUUACGAGAAGCGUAAUUCGAGGAAACGUCGAUUAGCGGAAUGCCCAAUUGAGGAGGGGAGCGGCGAGCAGGAUUAUCCUAAAAAGAAAAGCUGUGCAACGCAGUGUUCAACAAAGAGACGAAGAGGCAAUUUUAAAGCGACUGAGUCAACCCGCAAGAUUAGCCCUUCAACGUCGCUCAAAGGGGGUCUAUUCAAGGAGGACGCUUCUCAGAAACGUCGGGAAGCAAAUGAGGCGCGAGAAUCUCUACAGGCUGUCAUGGACAAAGCUUUGCAUCUGUUGAUGUCCGAGAAAGCUAAAUACGUCAGGAAUCUAAUUGAAAGCAUGUACGUGGAUACCACCGGGAACGUAAAUAGUCCCGAACAGUCUAAACAUCUGAGCGUGGGUGAUACGGAUCCGAAUCCAAUGCGAUCAGAAGGUGAGAACGAGGGUGCGAGCUUCUCAGUUGACCAGCCUUCCGUCUCCACCGUCCCGACGAGCAACGUCAACCAAAAUGAGUUCGAAGUAACGAUUGAAAAUCCUACGUCGAAGAUCACGUCUCCCAAAGUGAAUCAGAACAACGAGGGCAGCUUGUCUUCUGUUGACGACGAGGUUCCGAACUUUUCGACGAAGAGGCGACGUAGAGAGUCGAAGGAGCUAGACGCGUGCGAGGAUGAUUACCAGGGCAGCGAGCCGAGGCAAAAGAAGUCGAAGGUGGAUCACGACUGGUCGAAGAAGUACGAGACCACCUUCGUCUUUGGAUCGCCCGACGUAAAUUGCUCAUCGACCGUUCAACACGACGACGGUAUCGUCGAUUCUUGUAUCAUUAACGUAACGCCGAGAGAUUAACGUUUCGUUGAGAAGGAAUUUAGAAAAUUUUAUUUCAUAUCCGUUACAAGCGACGAUUUCGAACUGCUUACUUUUUAAGAAGUGAAAUGUAAAACACCUUGCAGAUAAAUAAAGGAACUUUUAAUGAUCUAUCAAAAAAUAUGAACAGAUUCAAGUUGAAUAGGUAAUCUCGUUUUAUUCGUGUUACUUGGACACGUUUCUUCUUUCUCUGUUUUGGAAUAUCUAGAUUGUUUUUCUUUAACGGAGUUGCUGGGUAUCUUACACGAGUAACUGUCGUUGCUUCUGAAUAAUGUGAAACCGAUACGCAAGACCGAACUGAUAUGAAACCCUAACACUAACAUUUGGGUACGAUGUUGAAAGAUUUAUGAGCGCAUUGCUACGUCGGCGUAUGGCAGUUCAGUGAAUUGACCGUACCGUAGGUAGGACGGUCGCAUUUCUGCCACUGAUAGCAUCUGCUACAUCACGUCUGAGCUCCGGCAUUACGAUGACUAUUCCUCCUCUUUUUAAUAUUCCGUCUAAUCAAUAUUUCUGCGUCACAAUCUGUUGACACCUAUUUCGUUUUUUUGAGAACUGUUUGAUUAAAAGAAAUGAAAUAUGUCUGUACCACGUUACGCAAUAAAUUUGAUGUGACCGUAAUUCCCAUAAUAGAUUUCUUUGCGUACUAUGCUCGUACAUAUGUAGUAUGCAUGCCGCGAAUGAAUAAAGUGCACUUUCUGAUUCAACAGACAGGCUCUAUGUCAUCUGCGAAUGUUAAUAUUUAUUAGGAUAUUCACGUUUUCUUAGUUGAAAUACGUUUGGAUUAGAUCAGAAGUCGGAGAGAGCUGUUUCUUUCAUUUUAUGCACGUAGCUAUCCUGGCAGAUUACAAAAAUCAUAGAACACCUACAGUUUUAU